UCUCGUUAGUACACACUUACAAAGUGCAAAAACAAAAAUCACAAGAUUUUGUUUCUGUUUCAACACAAAAGAACACAAAACUCCUUCCUCUGUCUCUUGUUGUGUCUUAUAUGCUGUUCACACCAUGUGCAAGUUAUCAUCAUCAUCAACCUCUGUCUCCACUUUGUAUGAAAGCAAUAACAACCAAACAAAUAAUAUAUCCACAACAACCACAAUCAAAACACAGAAUAAUAUCAAACCUGACAUGUUAACACCAUUGAUCCCUAAAUCCCCAACAUUCAAACAACAAAAGAAAACCCAUUUUUCUCUUGCCCUCAAUGAAGCCAAACAUAUUUCAAACAUAGCAUUACCUAUGGUUUUAACAGGUUUAUUACUUUAUUCUCGUUCCAUCAUUUCAAUGUUGUUCCUUGGUCGUGUUGGUGAACUUGCUUUAGCAGGUGGGUCACUUGCCAUUGGAUUUGCAAACAUCACAGGUUACUCCAUUCUCUCUGGUCUUGCCAUGGGAAUGGAACCUAUUUGUGGUCAAGCUUUUGGUGCUAAAAGAUUCAAACUCCUUGGUUUAACAAUGCAAAGAACAGUGAUUCUUCUUCUUGUAACUUCAAUUUUCAUUUCAUUCUUAUGGCUUAACAUGAAGAGAUUAUUGCUUUUAUGUGGCCAACAAGAAGAUAUUGCAAACGUUGCACAAUCUUACAUUCUUUAUUCUCUUCCUGAUCUUGUAGCACAAUCAUUGCUACACCCUUUGAGAAUCUAUCUUCGAAGCCAAUCCAUAACACUUCCUUUAACAUACAGUGCUACUUUGUCUAUUCUUCUUCACAUUCCUAUAAACUAUUUUCUUGUCAAUGUUCUUCAAUUAGGAAUAAGAGGAAUCGCUUUAGGUUCCGUUUGGACGAAUUUCAACCUCGUUGUUUCCUUGAUUAUUUACAUUUGGGUUUCUGGAACACACAAGAAAACAUGGAGUGGAAUUUCCUCUGCUUGUUUCAAAGGAUGGAAAUCGCUUUUGAAUUUAGCAAUUCCAAGCUGCAUUUCGGUUUGUCUCGAAUGGUGGUGGUACGAAAUCAUGAUUUUGCUUUGUGGAUUAUUGCUUAAUCCACAUGCAACUGUUGCAUCUAUGGGUGUGUUGAUUCAAACCACUGCAUUGAUAUACAUUUUUCCUUCUUCUUUGAGUUUUGGUGUUUCAACAAGAGUUGGAAAUGAACUUGGUGCUGAAAAUCCACAAAAAGCAAAACUUGCAGCAAUAGUAGGACUCUGUUUCAGUUUUGUUUUGGGUUUCUCCGCUUUGUUUUUCGCCUUUUCAGUUAGAAACAUUUGGGCUACUAUGUUCACAAGUGAUCCACAAAUAAUUGCGUUAACAUCAAUGGUGUUACCGAUUAUAGGACUAUGUGAGCUUGGAAAUUGUCCACAAACAACUGUUUGUGGUGUUUUGAGGGGAACGGCGAGGCCGAAAUUAGGCGCAAAUAUAAAUUUAGGUUGUUUUUAUCUUGUGGGAAUGCCUGUUGCAGUUUGGUUGAGUUUCUUUGCUGGAUUUGAUUUCAAAGGUUUGUGGUUUGGUCUUAUGGCUGCUCAAGGUUCAUGUAUGAUUACAAUGUUGUUUGUUUUGGUUCGUACAAAUUGGGAAAAUCAAGCAGAAAGAGCUAAGGAGUUAACAUCAUCAGAUUCAAGUGAAGAAGAAGAACAAGAAGAAGAGAAAGUGAUUGUCAAUUCAAGUUCAUGUGGCACAAAAGAGUGCUCUGAUUCAUUAGUUUGAAUUUUUUAUUUAUUUUUUAAUAUUUUACAAGAUUUAAAUGGUGAACAAAUUCAUUCUUUCUAGAUUUUUGUACUAAUUUUUAUAUUGUAAACUAAUUAAGAGAAGUUAAUGAGGAUAAGAUUUGAGGCUAUACAAGGAUUUUUUUUUUGUCAA